AUAAUCAACAUGGUUGAUGAUAACAUCAGUGAUGAUGCGGAUGAAAAGUCGUUGGCGAUUUCAGAUGAGGAAAAAGGAAGCAGGAACAAGAGGAAGUUUGAAUCUAAGAUUCCUCUAGGAACUUCUUCUGAUUCACAUGGGUCGUCUCUUACGGAGUUUCUAAGAUAUGAUUUAUUAGAGAAACCAACGAAAGGAGUCACUCUAUUUGAGAUUGACCCAUUGACGAGCGAGUGUCCUCAGUAUGAUGUUGAACAAGAAGUGGAAACUGCACAAAAUAUAGAUUCGGAGGACAUGUCGGCCUGCUGCAGUUUUGUUUUGGACAAGAAACUGGACUCAUCUUCUUCUGGUGCAACAAAGAAGAGUUCGCACUCUAAAAUGAAAAUUUUGGUUAAAUGCAAUCAACCUCUAGCUAAAGAAAGUUUUGAUAGUCAAUGCCUUUCCUCACCCAUAGCACCUGCAAGUGACACUUCCAAAGUGCCACCUAUUAAAGAUAAUAUAAAUGAAAAGGAUCUGGAUUCAUUAUUCAUGGAGCCUAAGUCCAACAAAAAAGUCCCCAACAACACAACUAUUUCUUCUGCGGUGCAAGAUUAUUAUGUUGGUAUCCCAUAUGAUGAGUCUUUGGGUAAAUUUGUCCCUCGAAAUGAGAGAGAUGAAAAUAUAUUGUUUCUAACUUUUCAUUUGAAGACACUGCAGGAAGAGCUCCAAGGGUGNAAUUUUCAUUUGAAGACACUGCAGGAAGAGCUCCAAGGGUGGUCUGAUUGGGCAAAUGAGAAGGUAAUGCAGGCUACCCGGAGGCUUGGCAAGGACCAGGCUGAGCUUAAAAGGAUGAGGCAAGAAAAAGAAGAUGCUGAAAAUGUUCACCAGGAAAAGCAUAUGCUGGAGGAAACCACCAUGAGGAGGAUUAUGGAGAUGGAGCAAGCGUUGGUAAAUACUAAUUCCAUGGGUGAAACAAUUAAUUCUCUUCUUAACACCAUGGAGAUGGAUAAUGUUGGACUGAAGAAGGAUUUGGAAGCCGUAAUGCUCUCUACCGGCAAGCAUGAUAUGAACGUCAAUAAUGCUUUAGCAAAAGAGCAGGAAGCACUAAAGAAGUGUCAAGCAGCGGACAUGGAGAAGCGCUCAUUUGAGGAGGAUUUAUCUGCUAUCAAGCGGGAAAAAACUUCUUUGCAACAGCAGCAAGAGAAAGCCAACAAGGUUCUGCACCAAUAUAAGGAUCUAUUUAGGCAUGAGGGAUCGGUGAAACAAAGAUUUCAACAACAAGCUGAUUGUCUGAAAAAUGAAAGAGAACAACUCCGUGUUAAGGGAAAAGUGCAGCGGCAUAAUUUUAGAGAGAAGGUAGAGAGAAACAAGCAAAAGUAUAAAGAACAAAUACAAAAGUGUGAGAGUGAAAUUUCUCAGUUGAGAUUCCAAUCUGAAAGAUCAAUAACAGAGGCACUAAAACGAGGCAUUCCUCAAUUGACAAAGGGUUUAUCAACCUAUGCAGAAAGUUCUGACUCUAAUGUUGUAAAGAUGGAGAGGGAGUGUGUUAUGUGUAUGCAUGAACAUAUAUCAGUGGUUUUUCUCCCUUGUGCACAUCAAGUUCUUUGUGAAGAUUGCAAUGUGCUUCACCAAAAGAAAGGAAUGGACGAAUGCCCUUCUUGUAGGACACCAAUUAAGGAGAGAAUUAGUGUCCACUUUCCUGAUUCCGAAUAGUUAGAAACUUCAGAAUAGCAGCAGGAAAAUGAAUCUUGUCAUUGUUUUUUUUUUCCAG